CAUAACAACAAUCACAACAAUCACCUUCCUAUUUAGCCAUAUAGUCUGUUUUGUAGUUUGCUAAAUUUCUAAAACGGCUCUCAAACGGAAUAAUUAAUUAAAAACAGAUUAAAUCCAAUGAACACUUGAAUACGAUCAAAAUCGGGCUAACAUGAACCACAAUAAAGUAGAAAACUAUGUAGAAAACGUAGAUUUUUUGGAGAAUCGCGAUGCGGUUGUGAAGUGCAAUGUAGUGAAAAAUAGUUUAGAUGAUCUGGUACAAUACAUGACACUUUAUGUUCGAAAUCCUGUGUUGCUUAGCGGCGUGAUAUUGCCAUUUGUUCCUCUUUAUUUGCUGACAUUUUAUUUUUGGAUUGUCGUGUACGGUAUUGAGGAACAUCAUGAAAGCUUUCUGAUUGCCGUGGCUGUCAUAGCAUUUGUCCAUGUGCUUACUCUUCUGUGUUGCUAUUGGAGCGUACAUGUAUUGGCUUUUCUAAAUUGCCGUAAAGUUAAAGUACCUAAAGAAGGUGUGCUUGUCAAAGUAGUACCUACUCCAAAUAACGGAUCUUCUGAAUUGGUGCCGAUACGGUUGGCGAAAUUGUCAGAUGGACAAGAAUUGUAUUAUUUUCACUUUCAGAAAAUUAAAUACAUUUGGGAUGAAAAUAAAGCAACAUUUCGAGGCAUUGACUUCCCUGUUAGUGAAACGCUGCUGCAUUAUGCCAAGUCGCGCGGUUUAGAAACCGAGGCCGCAAUAACUCUGGCCGAACAGAUGUAUGGUAAUAAUGGAAUGGAAAUGGUUGUUCCCGAAUUUUACGAACUUUUUAUAGAGAGGGCUACGGCACCAUUUUUCGUUUUUCAAAUAUUUUCGGUUGGCCUGUGGUGUUUGGAUGAGUACUGGUACUACUCCCUGUUUACGUUGUUCAUGUUAAUCGUAUUUGAAUGCACUUUGGUACAGCAACAGUUGCGCAACAUGUCUGAAAUACGUAAGAUGGGCAACAAACCUUAUUUAAUUAACGUAUACCGCACCAACAAGUGGCGCCAAAUCGCAUCAGAUCAAUUAUUGCCUGGAGAUUUGGUUUCAAUAACCCGUACGCAUAAUGAAAAUCUAGUGCCGUGUGAUUUAGUGCUAUUGCGUGGAAGCUGUAUAGUAGAUGAAAGCAUGUUAACCGGUGAAUCCGUGCCGCAAAUGAAAGAGCCUUUGGAAUCUUUAGAUAAUUUUCAUGCUAACUUGGACGUGGAAGGAGAAGGAAAAUUGUUCGUGUUAUUUGGUGGUACGAAAGUUGUGCAGCACACCGCACCUUCUAAGGAGGCUAUGCGCGCUCCGGAUAGUGGCUGCAUUGGCUACGUUAUUCGAAACGGAUUCAAUACAUCUCAAGGCAAAUUACUACGUACAAUACUAUUUGGAGUGAAGCGCGUCACUGAAAACAAUUUAGAAACUUUUGCAUUUAUAGUAUUUUUAAUGAUAUUUGCCGUUGCUGCAGCCUCGUAUGUCUGGAUAAAAGGUGGUGAAGAUCCAGAACGCAACCGUUAUAAACUCUUUCUGGAAUGUACUCUUAUAUUGACCUCAAUUAUACCACCGGAUCUCCCAAUUGAGCUGACAUUGGCAGUGAAUACAUCAUUAAUACAACUUUCAAAACUUUUCGUUUUUUGUACGGAACCAUUCCGCAUUCCUUUCGCUGGUAAAGUGCAGAUUUGCUGUUUUGAUAAAACUGGCACAUUGACUUCCGAUAAUCUGAUGGUAGAAGGAGUUGCUGGUUUAUCUAAAAGCAGUGAAAUCGUUCCAAUGGAUCAGGCUGAAGAGACAACAAUUCAAGUUUUGGCGACAUGCCAUUCUUUGGUAAUGCUUGAAGAUGGGUUAGUGGGCGAUCCGUUAGAGAAAGCCACCUUAACCGCAGUAGAUUGGAAUUUAACUAAACAGGAGAGCGUAAUACCUAAACGAGGCAAACUGAGACCAUUGCGUAUUUACCAACGGUUUUACUUUUCUUCCACCUUGAAACGUAUGUCAGUGCUUGCGGGUUAUUUGGCGCCAUUCAGCAACGAGGUGUGUUAUAUUGGUACUGUUAAAGGAGCGCCGGAAGUUCUAAUGAACAUGCUUAAGGAAAUUCCAAAAAAUUAUGAGCAGACUUUCUUAGAGUAUUCGCGGCGAGGUGCCCGUGUUUUGGCUCUAGGAAUUAAAGAAUUUGGUAAUAUGAGUAAUCAGCAAGUGCGUGAAUUGAAACGAGAAGAUGUCGAAAGUAAUCUUAUAUUUGCCGGCUUCGUAAUUAUCUCAUGCCCUAUGAAGCCUGAUUCGAAAAAUGUCAUUAAAGAGCUCAUUCAAGCAUCUCACAAAGUGGUAAUGAUCACUGGUGACAAUCCUCUGACGGCAUGUCACGUAGCAAAGGAAUUACGUUUCACUCGCAAGAAAUUGUUAAUACUGUCCUCAUGUUCGAAGGAGAAGAACGACGAAUGGCAAUGGAUAUCCAUUGAUGGAGAAACUAUAUUCAGCUUUCAGACGCCUCUUAAAAACAUAAUUAUUAGUCACGAUUUAUGCAUUACCGGCGAAGGCCUACAAUACCUAAAGGAAUAUCAACAACCGUAUAUGAUGAAAAUACUGCCACGUGUCACAGUAUGCGCCCGUUUUGCUCCAAAACAAAAGGAAUUUAUUAUAACCACACUGAAGCACUUGGGUUAUUGUACAUUGAUGUGCGGUGACGGCACUAACGAUGUGGGUGCUCUCAAACAUGCCAAUGUAGGGGUGUCAUUGCUCAGUAACGCUCCAAUUAGAAAAAACAACGUUAGUAGUGGGCCCCAAAAUGCGGUGGCACCAAUUGCUCCUACUACACGUACAGCUAGUAAAUCGGGAAACGCACCAACCGGUCGGUCGAGUGCGUCUAGCAAUGAACGCCAACAGUUGACGGCGCGCGAUAGGUUAUUACAGAAGCGAGAACAACUUGCUCAAGCCCGUUUACAAUCAGCGCUUAAAGAAGUUGAUGAUGAACAAGUAUCAGUAGUAAAAUUAGGUGAUGCAAGCAUUGCAGCUCCAUUCACUAGUAAAUCGUCGUCUAUAUUAUGCGUUAACCACAUCAUCAAACAGGGUCGAUGCACUUUAGUGACAACUCUGCAAAUGUUCAAGAUAUUAGCUCUAAAUGCCCUCAUAUCAGCGUACUGUCAGUCUGUUUUAUAUAUUGAUGGUGUCAAAUUUAGUGAUACUCAGGCGACUUUACAAGGACUCUUUAUAGCCAUAUGUUUUCUAUGUAUAACAAGAUCGAAGCCUCUUAAAACGCUUUCAAAAACAGCACCAUUACCGAAUAUAUUCAACCUUUAUACAGUUUCCACAAUAUUGCUUCAAUUUGCCGUGCAUUUUAGUGCACUGUUUUAUUUAACAAACGAAGCCACCGCAAGAGCACCACCCAAAGAAGGCAAAGUGAAAUUGUACAUUGACAUGAAUCCCGAGGAGAAAACACAUUUUGAACCCAACAUAAUCAACAGCACUGUGUACAUUAUAUGCUUGGCUCUGCAAGUCUCGACUUUCGCUAUCAAUUACAAGGGUCAUCCGUUCAUGGAAAGUUUGAAAGAGAAUCGUUUACUAUUGUACUCAAUCUUAAUACCCACCGGUUUGGUAACUAUGUUAUCUCUAGGUCUAUCGCUCGAUCUAACUAAAACAUUUGAAAUUGUUGAAUUCCCAAAUGAUUUUCGUCAGAUUUUAAUUUAUGUUUUACUGGCCGAUACAAUAGCCGCUUACGUCGUCGAUCGCAUUUGUUCAUUCCUUUUCGGUGAGACCCGAAGAAAAUCAAAAGUAUUGAAUUGUUAAAACAUUGGCGUAACGCUGGACUGAUUUCUAAGUUUUUCUCUCCACUUUAACAAAUUGUGUUUUAGUCAAAUUGUUUAUUAUCGCGAAGAAAUUUGAUGCUUGCGCAAUAAUCAAUGUUAAUAUAAUUAUACACCAAAUUCAGAUGGGACGGAAUAUUAAUAAUAAUAAUGAAUGAUAAUAUUAAAGAAAUGUAGAAAAAUUUAACAUUUGCGAACAUGUUUGUCAUUUUAAAAAGGAUGAAAAGAGAAAAAGAAAGA